AUGCUUUUUCGACACGGCGACCGCAGUUCCAUUACACCUUACGUAUUUGAUGGAUACAAUCCUUAUCAGGUUUGGCCGGAUGGAUUCGGCCAACUUACGCAGGAAGGUAUUGAGCAGCACUUUCUUUUGGGGAAGUGGCUUAGAAAUCGCUAUGCUACUUUCCUCCCUUCUGCCUACAACGUAUCCUCCUUCCACAUGCGUAGCUCAGAUAUCGAUCGUUCGUUGAUGUCAGCGCAAGCUCUAAUGGCGGGUUUUUAUUAUAAGUCAGAAUCUUCCCUUAGUAAAUAUGGCUUACAUUGGCGUCCCAUUCCCACCCACACGGUUCCUAUGACGUCCGAUACAUUGCUAGCUAUUGCACCGUGUCCACGCAUGGAACAAAGGCGUGAGGAGCUGUUUACUUCAGAGGAAGCCACGCAAAUGUUGAAACAGCAUGAAAAAACGGUAAAAUUUCUUUCGACGCAAUAUAACAUCACCAAUAUUGGCGUUAGCGAUGUCUGGAAGAUUGAAGACGACCUCAGGUGCUUGACUGCCCACAAUGCCACACUUCCGAAAUGGUACACACUAGAAGUAGCCACAGAACUAGGCAAUAUGACGGAUUACUUUUUUAAGUUAAUCUUCACUGACAAAAGGAUCCUGAAAUUGAGCGUCGGAGUUUAUUUAAAAGACACUCUUGAUCGGAUGGAGUCCCUCAUGAUAAACGCCUCAACCCUCGAGCCAAUACUUGCCUAUUCUGCUCACGAUACCAACGUCGCUUCUCUACUUGGCGCGUUUGGGGUCUACGCAGGUGAACACAAGCCUGAAUACGCGUCCAUCGUUAUGCUCGAGCUCGUUGGGCCUCCUCCCCCUGCCCAGAAAAGUGACUUUGUUCUUCGUCUUUUUUACAAGCGUGGUUGGCGGGAUAACAGUGGAGAGUAUCUGCAAUUUGAAGCCUGCAAGUUUAUCCGGAACGCUAGCGAGGGUUGCCCUUUUGAUAUGGUCUAUCGGUCCGUGGAGUCGUUAAUGCUGGACUCGGACCACUUUGAAGAGGCAUGCAAGGUGGAUUGGAUUCCUGCUAGGUACAAAGUCAUAGUUGCGGUGCUGUUAUCCACAUUCCUCUUGUUAUUCCUCAGCAGUCUCGGGGCGCUUUAUUGCAUUGUUUGGAGGAGGAGAAGGUCUUGUGGAGCCAAUAACAUGCCCUACUCUCCACUGGUUUCACCUACUACCGCUUAA